AUGAUGUCAACAGAAUCUCCAACACAAAAUCAACAACAACAAUCAACAACAUACGAUGAGCGUGUAUUUAAUGAACGUAUUCGUCAAUUGUUUAAUUCGAUCGAUUCAUCUUCAAUAUCUCAUUCUCCUGUAUCACCACAUGGUGAUAUUGGUCAAAUGACAUCGAUUGUUGAUGCUCUUUUUCCUGAACAAGCUUCAUUUCCUGAACAACGAGAACCUCGUCAUGCAUCAACAAAUGAUCUUACAACCGCUUUCGAUCGAUUUCCUCUAUGGAAUAAUAAUAAUAAUAAUAACAAUAAUAAUUAUAAUUAUAAUAAUAAACAGAAUAGUUCAGCAUCAGCUUUCUGCGGUGGUACAACAAAUAGUUCAUCGGCAUUUGUUAAUCGACGUCAAUCAAGACUACAUAGUUCAUCACGUUCAUUACGCAAUGCUAAUUAUUAUUGUCAACAGCAACAACAACAGAAUCAUUAUCGACCACCACCACUUACUCGACCUCGUUUUACUUCAUCGACAAUACGUUUACAAUCAGCGGCAACAACAACUACUUCUAAUAAUAAUAAUAAUAAUAAUGGUCUUCAACGAUCAUCAUCAUCAUUGUCAACUAAUAAUAUAACAUGUGGUACAACUGAUUAUCAACCUCGUUUUGCAAGUCGUCUUUCAAGUACUCGUUUACCUAUGGCUGCACCACCUGUAGGAUCUCAUGAUCAAAUAGCAGGCAAUAGUAUUACAAUAGAUCCAAUAGUUCCACCAUCAGCAGCGUCUACUAUUGGUGUUAUAAGUCAACCAUCAUCAGCUUCUGCUGGACUUGCUCGCAGUACUUCAUCAACAAAUGCUCAACCACAACAAUUUGUUACUAUGACACAAACAACAACAACAACAUUUUGUUAUGUACCUGCUUCUAGUUCACUUGCUUAUAAUAAUUUAUCGGGUACAAAUAGAAACGCAACGGUUUCUCAUCAAUAA